AAUAAGUUGUGCUGUGCUCCUGAGGGAAGCUUGAAGACGAGGAAAUGUCAGUGGAGAAAAAGAAACCCUAACGAGCAUUUGUUGUCUCUGACCUCUCAUUUCUUUUCUUUACUCGCUUUUUUUCCCAUUAUUGGAUUGUUGCCCUUGAAUUGUUCCCGAAAAAGCUAGGGUUUCGAUCUCGGUGCCGAUUAUCCCCAAAAAAUUCCGUGAGCCCUAGAUCAGAGGCGAGCUGCUGCAUUGAAAUUCGUGCUCGAGGGCAAUUGAGUUGGUUGUGAGCUUUGAUCCGGUUGGGGGGAGCUUGAAUUUAGUAGAACACAACUGUGGAUCGACUUUGGGGUUCUGUGACUGAGGAAGAUAAUGUGGUGGGAGCUCUGUGAGAGAGGAGAUUAGGCUUUGAGAUGCCGCCUUCACCGGCUUUGAGGUGCUCCCCUGGGUGGGAGCACAGAACGGAGAACACCCAUAAGAGGGGUCAUAGUCUUGAGGGUGGAUUGAGACUCAAAGCCAAAGAUGAUGAUCUUGCCUUGUUCAACGAUAUGCAGAAUAAGGAGAAGGAGACUUUCUUGCUCCACACUGUUGAUGAUUUUGAUGAUUCUCUUUCAAAAUUACGGUACCUUUCGGAUUUCAAGAUCAGCAUUCCAGCACGAGGAGAGAGCAGCGAUCUAUUAAACUUGGAUGGGGAGAAAAAUGAUUAUGAAUGGCUAUUGACUCCUCCUGAGACUCCUCUCUUUCAUUCCUUGGAUGAUGAAGACCCUCAACCUCAAAACUUGCCUUCUAGGGGCAGGCCACGGAGUCAACCCAUUAAUGUUUCACGGUCAUCGUCCAUGAAUGAGAAAACUCACAGGAGUAGUCGCAGCAGUGCUAGUCCACAUCGUCUUAGCCCAUCGCCUCGAUCUAGUAAUAACUUCGGACAAUUGACAUCAAGGCCAUCUUCAGCUCCACGUUCUAGUCCACCUCCUGUUGUACGGCCGGUGACACCUUCAAGAAGAUCAUCUACCCCUCCAAUUAAACCAACAGCAACAACUCCAAGAUCUUCAACUCCUACACCCAGGAGAAUGAGUACUGGUUCAAAUGCACAGGCAUCAUCCUCUGGAAGAAGGGGAUCAUCUCCCAUGAGGGCAAGUCGCGGAAACUCUGCUUCACCAAAAUUACGGGGAUGGCAAUCAACCCUUCCUGGUUUCUCCUCUGAUGCACCUCCAAACCUUCGAACCUCGCUAUCUAAUAGGCCGUCGCCACAUGAUAGAGGUUUGUCUCCAACACCGAGAACCGGAAGGGGCAGACACUCUAUGUCGCCUACUGCUUCUAGAAGUACGAACUCAUCAUACAGUAAUGACCGAGAUCUCUUCAGCUCUUAUAGCAAGGGUUCUGUAGUCUCCUCUGGUGAUGAUGAUAUGGAUUCCCUGCACUCUAUGGUGAUUUCUAGCAGCCUUCCUGCUAGACGAAAUGGAAUGUCAGUGAAUAGCAGGCCUAUGGCAUUCUCCAAGAAACCAUCCAGACCUUCUCCUUCAAAUUCAGUGCCGAAAAGAUCGUUCGAGUCAGCAAUUCGACAGAUGGAUCAGCGAAAGACUCCUCAAAACAUGUUCCGACCACUUGUAUCAAGUGUUCCUUCAUCCACCUUUUAUGUUGGAAAAGCAAAUAAUACAUAUCGGCCUAUGUUCUCUAGAAAUUCUUCGUUCACAACGAGCACCAAUGCAAGCACUGAUCGAGGUGCCAUUAUUGCACCUGAUAUGGAGGGUGGUGAACAUGAUCAGUGGGAAAGAACACAUGAUCCUGAUACCCAAGAAGAAGUGUUUAUCUUUGAUAAGGUGGAUGAAACAAUUGAAGAUACUGGUCAAGAGUCGCAUGCAGGAAAUCCUCUUAGCAUUUCUAGAAGCUCUGAUACGUAUAUUUCUAACAGAAAUGAUGCACCUGAAUUUGAAGGUUCUGGGGUUAACUUCCGUGGUGUAACUUGCACAACUGUUGUUGAAUCUACCUCUGGUGAUUCAUAUAUAAAUGAUGUUCGUGAAAAUAUGGAAAUUUGCUCUCAAUGUGGAACACGGUUCCCUGUUUUGGGAGUCGACGGGAAUGUAAAGCUUUGCCAAGAUUGCACGGAGGUAGAUGGGCUCUUAGCUGAAGGAGAACCUUCAUUACAUCCAAUGCUGGCUCAGACAGUUGAAUCCGAAGUGACCACUGGAAUGGGUGUAACGGCAAAAGAAAUGCAGCUUACUGUUGGUGUUCAUCAAUUGCCUGAAAGGAGCAAUGGCAAAGUUAUCCUAGGUCAUCAUGAAAACAAAACUGAAGAAGGGCUUAGUUGCCUGGAUAAAAGUUGUCCUGUUCAAUCGAUGGUGGAUCAAUCAGAAUCACACCCUUUUAACCAGCAACUAGAGAGAAAGCUAGAUGGAUGUUCUACCCACUCUGAUAAUGGAAAUAAAUUUGAACAGACAGAACCCACUUUAUAUCCUAGUCAUAGGAUCAACAAUGCUGAGGGCACAGGAAUAUCUGCACUUCUAUUGCAGCAAUCGAGUGGUAGCAAGUGGCCUGUUGUGCAAUCCAGGGCUUUUUCCGUGACAAAUAUACUUUAUGGUGAUUCUUCUUUUGCAAGGGAUGAUACAAGUGUAUUGAGAAAGAGCAUUGGGCAAGAUAGUUUUUCUCCUUCUUCAUCGGUGGAUCUGGGAUCAUCCAGACAAAUAGAGGCUCACAUUCGAUGUCAAAUUAGCUGCAGGAAAAGCGAAAUGGAGAGUGUGAGAAGUGAUACAGAUGCAAAAUCUCAGUGCAGUGGAUCAUAUUCUGAUCUUGCAAUUAAUGCCUAUGAAUCAUCAGUUCCUACCGAAAAUGAAAUUGAAUGGAACUUUAAUAGUCCUCUGAAGGGGAUAGAAAAUGAUCCUUUGCAAAAAUCAGGUUUACUUACUGCAGAGCUUGAUGGUUCUUCAGACCGAACAAAUAUGAGUGCUGCAAAUCUCUCAUCUUGCAGGGCAGAUUUUGGUGAUAGUGAUGCUCAUAUUAGUGCUGACUGUUUUGUUGGAAAAGACACGUAUGAUGCUCAGUUGUUGAGUCACAUGGAAAGACAUUAUUCUGAAACUUUAGAAGUAGAUAAUCUAAAAGAUGAAGACUGCCUUUCAAGGAUAAAUGCUGAUGAAGGUCCCGGGAGAGAGAACAAAAGGAGUUCUCUAGAUGUAGAAGUAUCCAACAGCAUUCCAGAUUCUUUAAUGAUUUUGGAACAAAGUUUGCUGAAUGAUCCUUCUUGUCAAAGUGAUGUGUCUGAUGCUGUCACAAAUAGCUCCUCACUUGUUAUUUUAGAAUCAAGAAAUAAUCAUGAUAGUUUUCAAGAUCUGCAAAUUGAGUGUGAACCUGCCAAUAAUCCAAGCGAAGUGGAGGUAUUUCAUGAACAUUCUGCUUCCACAAUAUCUGAGAAAGGUGUGCUUGUUUCUGUUUUGGAAUCUGAUCUCGAUGAUUGUGCUCAUGGUACCCAAGAAGAGUCAACUGUGAUAGUCGAAGGUCCAAGAGGACACACAUUGAGAAGCUUGACACUUGCAGAAGCAACUGACACCAUACUUUUCUGCAGUUCGAUAAUUCAUGACAUUGCCUACAAAGCUGCAACCAUUGGAAUGGAGAAGGAGGCUGUGGUGCCUUUAGAGCCUUUGAGGCCAACAGUCGCACUAUUAGGAAACUCUGUUGACCAAAAGGACUCAAGAAAGUCUCCCACUAAAAAUACACCAAAAUCCCAAAAAUUCAAAAGAAAGAAGCUAGAAACUCCGACCAAGUCACCGCUGAAAGAGUCAGGAAACAAUGUGAUUAUCCAGGAAUCAUCGAAACUACCUGCAAAUGCUGAAAAUAUCUCGAACAACGCUCCUGAUAGUAUAAAGCCCCCGAAAUUGGAAUCCAAGUGCAAUUGCACUGUGAUGUAGAUAAAGGCUUUCCACAAUGCAUUUGACAUAUUUAUCAUCUGACAAAUUCUCCUUUGUACUUAGCAUAUAUACGUAUCCAUCUGAUUUAUUUGUAAGAAAAUAUCACUUGCUGGUAUGGUGAUUGUAAAAUUGUAGUCCCCUGGGAGGUUGCAGAGGCCCCCCCUUUUCUUUUUCUGUUUCUUUUUCGAAAUCCUUUUUUGUGUCUGGCUUUGUAAUGCUGCUGCUGUAUUAUUUUGUUUGGAGAGAAUGGUUGCAGUUUGAGCUAUUCUUUUGUAAAUCCUUUUCAGUAAUCAAUUAUGUAUGGCUUUUCAAUA